GGGUAGUGCGCUCCGGGGCGCUGCUGGGCGCGAGGUCGGCAUCGGGCCCCCCGGGUGCGCCCCGCAGGCGGCGGCGGCAUAGCAGCCAUGGCGGAGGCGGCGCCGCAGCACCUGGCGCUGCCCUCGGGGCUGUUGGAGCUGUGCGUGCUGCUGGGGGCCCCCCGGGACAGCCUCCGCGGCCCCGAGCUGGUUGCCCAGAAAAGGGGGGUCCAACAUCUUCCUGCCCUCGACCCCGAGGUGCUGUCCGUCUUCGCGCCGCCCUUCGUCAGCAAGGAGGACGGACAGCCGGCCGGCGCCAGCUGCGGGACCCUCGGCAAAACCAAGCGGCGCUCCUUCCGGAAGAAGAGAGAGAAGCCCAGAGCGGACCCCGGCAAGGGCCCCUCGGGGCCCCGAGAGACGGACAUCGAGGACGUCAGUGUCCCCGACGGCGUGGACCUGCUGGCCCUGCCUCAGCUGUGCUUCCCAGGGGGCCUGUGUGUGGCCUCGGAACCGAAGGAGGACUCUGUCCACUUCCUGGUGCUGACGGACGUCUGCGGGAACAGGACGUACGGCGCGGUGGCCCAGUACUACCGGCCGCUGCACGACGAGCACUGCUUCUACGGCGGCGGCAGGCCCCACGGGGAGGCGUCGCGGCUCAGCGUGGGCGCCGGCGGCUGCUUCGUGCCCUUCGCCGUGUGCGUGAUCUCGCGGUUCCCCUACUACAACGCCCUCAGGGACUGCCUGUCCUGUUUGCUGACGCAUCUGAAGCUCUGUAAAGAUUUCGAAGUUGACAAUCACAUCAAAGAUUUUGCUGCAAAACUCUCUCUGAUCCCCAGCCCCCCGCCGGGACCGCUGCAUCUGAUGUUCAACAUGAAGCCGCUGCAGAUCCUGUUCCCCUCGCGGGCGGACCCCGAGAGCCCGGUCAUCGACCUGGACCUCCACCUGCCGCUGCUGUGCUUCCGGCCCGAGAAGGUGCUGCAGAUCCUGACGUGCCUGCUGACGGAGCAGCGGCUGGUCCUCUUCUCGGCGAGCUGGGCGCUGCUGCCGCUGGUGGCCGCGUGCUUCCUGGCCUACCUGCACCCGCUGCGCUGGCAGCACACGCUGGUGCCCAUCCUGCCGGGGCAGAUGCUGGACUUCCUCAUGGCGCCCACCGCCUUCCUCAUGGGCUGCCACCUCCGCCACCUGGAAGAAGUCAGCAAGGAAGCCGACGGUUUGGUUCUGAUCAACAUCGACAGCGGGAGCGUCACCUGCUCGGGCUGCGAGGUCCCCGACAUCCCCCUGCUGGCGGCGCAGACCUUCGUUCAGAGGGUCCAGAGCCUCCAGCUGCACUACGACCUGGACCUCGCCCACCUGGGCGCCAGCACCGACGUGAACGAGGGCCGAGCCCGCAGGUGGGCCUGGCAGCAGAGGCUCAACGGCCAGAUCCAGCAGCUCGCCCUGCAGCUGCUCGUCAGCAUCUUCAGGGAGGUGAAGAACCACCUGAACUACGAGCACCGCGUGUUCAACAGCGAGGAGUUCCUCAAAACCCGCGCCCCCGGCGACCAGCGCUUCUACAAGCAGGUCCUGGACACCUACAUGUUUCACUCCUUCCUUAAAGCCCGGCUCAGCCGGAGGAUGGACGCCUUUGCUCAGAUGGAGCUCAGCACGCAGUCGGAGGAGGACAGGAUGAACGGGAUGCUCCUGAGCCCGAGGAGACCGACCGUGGAGAAAAAGGCGCCUCACAAGCCGUCGCCCGGGCGCGCCGCCCGCCGGCGCAUGGUGGUCAGCAUGCCCAACCUGCAGGACAUGGCGGGCCCCGAGCUGCCGCCCCGGAACGCGUCGCUGCGGAAGGUGGAGGCCGAGGACUGCAGCUGCCCCAGCCCAGCCCCGGACGUGAGCCCCAAGCCCGCGUACACGUUCAAGAUCCCCGAGGUGCACUUCCCCCGCGUGCGCCAGUGCGUGCAGGCCUACUACGCGGACUGCGUGUCCCUGCUGACCAAGGCCGUGAGCUGCGUGGCCCCCGACAACUCGGCGCUGCUGGCGCGGUACCUGUACCUGCGGGGCCUGAUGCGCCUGGCGCAGGGCCAGCGGCUGGACGCCCUGCUGGACUUCCAGAGCCUCUACAAGACCGACCUCAGCGUCUUCCCCGCCGACCUGGUGCGCAGCGCCGUGCAGGCCCUGCCGGGCCCCGAGCGCGCCCAGGCCGAGCGCACGCCCGAGCUGCGCAUGCUCAUCAGCCGGGUCCUGGACAAGCCGGGCGAGGCCCCCAAGGCCGACGACCGCGUGAAGCACUUCGAGCUGCCGAGCCGGCACCUGCCGCUGGGCGACUUCGUGCAGCGGGUGCAGGAGUCGGGCAUCGUGAAGGACGCCGGCCUCAUCGGGCGCCUGUUCGAGGCCCUGACCGUCGGGCAGCAGAAGCUGAUCGACCCCGAGACGUUCAGGGAGUUCUACACCUGCUGGAAGGAGACGGAGGCCCAGGCGCAGGAGGUCAGCCUGCCGGCGGCGGUGGCGGAGCACCUGGACAAGAACGAGUGCGUGUACAAGCUGUCCGGCUCCGUGAAGACGAGCCGGGGCGUGGGCAAGGUCGCCAUGACCCAGAAGCGGCUGUUCCUGCUGACGGAGGGCCGGCCCGGCUACGUGGAGAUCUCCACCUUCCGCGACAUCGAGGAGGUCAGGAGCACCACGGUGGCCUUCCUGCUGCUCCGCAUCCCGACGCUGAAGAUCAAGUCGGUGGCCAAGAAGGACGUCUUCGAGGCGAACCUGAAGGCGGAGUGCGACCUGUGGCACCUGAUGGUGAAGGAGAUGUGGGCGGGGAAGGCGCUGGCGGACGACCACAAGGACCCGCAGUAUGUGCAGCAGGCGCUGACGCACGCCCUGCUGAUGGACGCCGUGGUGGGCGCGCUGCAGACGCCCGGGGCCAUCUACGCGGCCUCCAAGCUGUCCUACUUCGACAAGAUGAGGAGCGAAAUGCCCGUGGCCGUUCCUAAGACGACGGCGGAGACGCUGAAGCACAAGAUCAACCCUUCGGCCGGGGAGACCUUCCCGCAAGCCGUGGACGUGCUGCUGUACACGCCAGGGCACCUGGACCCGGCGGAGAGGGCGGGGGACGCGCGCCCCAAGCUGUGGUGCGCCCUGCAGGCGGGCAGAGUGGUGGUGUUCGACGCGUCGUCCUGGAGCCUCCACCAGCACUGCGUCCGCGUGGGCUCCUCCGCGCUGAACUGCAUGGCGAUGGUGGCGCAGGGCCAGGUGUGGGUGGGCUCGGAGGACUCCGUCAUCUACAUCAUCAGCGUGCACAGCAUGUCCUGCAACAAGCAGCUCACCGAGCACCGCGCCAGCGUCACCGGCUUCGUGGUGCAGGACGGGCCCGACGCGCCCAGCCAGGUGUAUUCGUGCAGCGUGGACGGGGCGGUCCUGGCGUGGGACGUGAGCUCGCUGCAGGUGACCCGCAGGCUCCAGCUGCCGAGCGGCGGCCUUUCGUCCAUCCAGCUGCACGCCGGCUGCCUCUGGUGCUGCACCUGGGGCAGCAUCGUGGCGGUGAACAGCAGUGUCCGCCAGGAGCUGAGGAUCGACGAGACCUUCCAGGAGCCGAGCACCACCUUCGUGGCCUUCCAGCUGCUCCCCGAGCAGGAGCAGCUGUGGGCCGCGUGCGCGGGGUACGACGACCUGUACGUCUGGGGCCUGAAGGACCUGGCCCGGCCGCCCGGGAGGGUGCACCUGCCCGACUGCGCCCAGGUCACCUGCAUGAUCCGGGUGAAGAGGCAGGUGUGGGUGGGCGGCACGGGGCUGUCUCAGGGCAGGUCCCGGGGGAAGAUCUACGUGAUCGACGCCGAGAGGAGGACGGUGGAGAAGGAGCUGGUGGCGCACGCGGACGCCGUGAGGACGCUGUGCUCGGCCGAGGACAGAUACGUGCUGAGUGGGUCCGGCCCGGAGGAGGGCAAGAUCGCCAUCUGGACCGUGGAGUGAGGGUGCGUGCGGGCGGAGCUGCCUGGGAACGCCGCCCUCCUGCCCGCUUCCCCGCGCCUGCCCCUCCGAGGACGGCCUUCUCUCUCUCCCGGUGCUCCUGAGGAAACUCGGCUCCCGGCCGGGCAGCGGGCUCCACCCGGCGGGAACCUCUGCCCAGACGCUGCCCCGCUGCCCCGGGCGCGGCUUGGAAGGUUCCAGAGCCCACGCCGCCCUGGAGCCGGUCUCAGCCGAGCGGGCUGCACGCCUCUGCUGGCCCCCUUCACGCCCUCACGCCCGAGCCCCGGGCGCUGUGGCUCCCGCCUCCAGGCCCGCUGCCCUAGAGCCGGUGAGGCCGCCAGGGAGGGACGGGACAGGCUGUGGACGCGGGCAGCGAGGGCCAGCUCGGGGGCUCUUCCUAACGGACGCGGAGCCUUUAUAACGAAGAAGCACAGGCCCCUCCCUCUCGCCGCCCGCCCGCCGGCCGUCUCUAACGGAUGGUGGCCCCGCUGUCACUAACCCAGUGUUGGAAGAAGCCUUUUGCACACGA